CCCUGACCAGAAGAAACUCUCUCUAAAAGCUUUUCUCUCUCUGUGUGCAGACCCACCGCUAUUGAUUUGAUAUUUCGCACAUACUUAUAACCCUUUUACUUUUCUGUUUACGGGAACAAAUACCAAAUCUUUUUUUUUUCUUUGUUUUAUCAAACAAAAAAAGGAAAAAGAAGCAUUGAAUUUUGCAGUUGAGUUUCUGUUCCAUACAAUUUCGAUUUCAAUGGCCAGGCCUAAUCAGGAGGCAGUGGAGACCUUCGUCAGCAUCACCGGCUUACCUGAAGCAACAGCACUGCAAAAACUCGAGGAGCAUGGUGGUAAUCUCAAUGAAGCCGUCAAUGCACAUUUUAGUGAAGGAGACAGAAACCUAAUGACUGGCUCAGCAGCAUUUACUCAAGAUGAUUUCAUGGAUAUAGAUGAUCAACUUGAUGCUGAACUUAACAGACCUCCAUCACUUUCAGCUUCGGCAGCAGAUAUCAAUCCCUUUUCUCUUCUUGAUUCAACAAUUGGGAGAGGUAUACUUGGUACUAAUCUUGAUUCAACAGUCCAGGCACCAUUUGUUACACAUCCAAGAGAGGUAAGGGAGAUUCCUAUAGAAGUUAAGGAUGGUGAACAAUCCACUCCUCAAGCUGGCCAUGUUCCGACCAUUGAAGAUGUCACUGGAACUGUUGAGGCCCAUGGUCCAGAUAUCCAUGGGACUGUCAUAGUAAAUGAUGAAGAUGAUGAUGAUACUCUACCUGCCCAGAUUGCACGUCAGGAUGAGCCAAAGCACAAUAUCAUGGCUGAUACCUCACACUUUAGCAGUGCUAGACCUAGUGCACCUGAAUCUGAGAAUUUGCCAGAUUAUAGCAAUGACAUAGAAGAAGAAAUGAUCCGUGCAGCCAUUGAGGCUUCUAAACGGGAGGCUGAGGAAAAUUACAGAAAUCACAAACCUAGCCGACAAAUUGACUCAAGUGAAUCAGAACCACAACCAAGGCAAUCUUAUUUGGAGGAUUCUGAGCUUGCCCGUGCAGUUUCAUUGUCCCUGAAGACUGCUGAGCAAGAAAAAGCAUUGCGUGUACAAGGGGGAGAUUUAGAAGCACCAACAGCAGGGACAUCUAAGUCAUCAGAGGCUGAACUAGGGGAAGGGGCAUCAAAUGGAAGAUUGCAGGCAGGAAGCUUAUCCUUUCAUGAUGAAGCUGAAGAUGUAGAGGAGCAGCCGCUGGUUAGGAACAGAUCUAGACAUAUUUCAUCAGGACCCACAGGAUUGGGCAAUGAUGCUGAAUUUAUUGAGGGCAGCACGCUGCCAAGCACAGCAGCACAGGAUAGCAGUAAUCCCCAGCAUAAUGGAAAUUCCUUCCCCUCUGAUGAGUGGGGUGGCAUUUCUUCAGAGGAGCAUGAUGAAGCAGUAAUGCUUGAGGCUGCAAUGUUUGGUGGAAUCCCAGAAGGAAGUGGAUACCAGUAUGCUUAUGCACCACACGAGUUCAUGCAGAAUAGAGGUUUCAAUCCUCAGCCCACAUAUCGCCCAUAUCGCCCACCUUCACCGUCACUGGCAGCUCAACGAUUAAUAAGGGAACAACAGGAUGAUGAAUAUCUUGCUUCAUUACAAGCAGACAGAGAAAAAGAAUUGAAGGCCUUGGAGGAAGCUGAGGCUGCUCGUGAAGAGGAAAGGCGGAGAGCAGAAGAAUCUCGCAGGAAAUUACAGGAAGAGCAGGAAUUGGAGACACAGUUAGCAGCCAAAGAAGUCUCUCUACCACCAGAACCAUCCUCAGAUGAUGACACUGCUGUGACCUUGCUGGUAAAAAUGCCAGAUGGCAGCCGCCGCGGACGCCGAUUCUUAAGAUCUGAUAAGCUACAGUGUCUUUUCGACUUCAUAGAUAUUGGUAGGAUGGUGAAACCAGGGAGUUACAGACUGGUGAGAAACCUCACAGCCUUCCAGUCUUGUUAUUCUUUUUCUUAUUUAUUGAUACUAAUUAUUCAUUGAAAUGGUUAAUUUCUGCCUCACAUUUUCAAUAUGACUGUUUCUCUUGAUGUGAUUCUUGGGACAGGUGAGACCAUAUCCUAGGCGUGCUUUUAGUGAUGGAGAAAGUGCUGCGACACUGGAUGAACUUGGCCUAACCAACAAGCAAGAAGCUUUGUUUUUGGAGUUAAUCUGAUGCCUUGAUGCAAUUUGCUAGAAAACAAGCUAUUGAAGUUUUUAGUUAAUUAAAAUUAAAAUAUGGAUCGCAAUACACACACGGAUGUGGCAUUUUAAUUGGGUUUGUGCUGUUUGGAUGAUGCAAUUUAUAAAUUUACAGAUCUAUAAGAUCAACAUGAAGGACAUGAUCAUCAGUUCUUACUUGUGAUUACCCAAAUCUUUAUGUGGAUUGUUUUGUAUAUUAUACAAUAGCAUAGGCAUAUGAUUGAAAUAAUUCAUGAUUAAUGAAAAU